UGGGAAGUGGCCGGCCGUUGGACAACUGUGCCGGUUGGGGGCGUGGCCCAUCGCUGCCGCUGCGGGUAUUACCUCCCGGCAAAGCCGGCGCCGGCUCAGAUGGAGAGGAGGAGGCGAAGGGCGAAGAUGUUUGGUGGGAGCGCCGCCUUUGCGCACUGGCCACGUGAGGAACCGGGGAUCCCGCUUCCCAUCUGACAGCGGACCCCACCCCGCAUCUCCCCAGAUUUCUCACCCAAUGCCCCCCACCCUGUCCUUAAUUUUGUGAUUUCCCUGGAAGGUUGCCCGCCAACACCACCCCUGGCUUCUCUGCAGUCCUCCAUCCCGGCUCCCAUUAGUGGUCCUGCUCCUUUCUCUGCAUCCAUCACCAUAUUCUCCUUACCCCCCACCACCAAAAAAAGAACCCCCUGUGCAGCAGAAUCCUCCCCAGAGACUGGAUCCCAAAUAGCCUGGGAUCCGUUGGCCACUGAUCAGCUGCUUUAAAAAUAACAUUUUCCCCUGCUAGCCUCGCCAAACCCAAAUUAUGCCCCUAUUUGGACCCCUUUCAGAUUCUAGCUUCGAACCUCUCAAACCUGUUUCCUCCAGCCCUUAAUUUCCCAAUUCCUUGAAUAUCAUUUUUCCCCACCUGGCGCCCAUCCUGGAAAAAAGGGAAAUCUAAAAUCGUCAGUCACCCCUCUGCCUGCCACCCCUUUUGAACCCUUAGCGCCUGAAAGUUUCUGGGACCUUUUAGAUUGCCUGUUUCCUCCUUGCUCAAAGCUGACGCUUCCAUAAAUGUCUCUACUCCAUCCUUCACAGCAUCUGUUUCCCUUCAUUUCUCAUCUGCUAAUGCCAGCGCUAUUGCUGUUUGGGCCUUCUGGAGACCUAUAACCAAGGUCCAGUGUUUUUUGUAUAUCCCCCUAAUCCAUCCAGGUCCCUUGUCCCCCUCCCCCAACUCCUUAUAACACCUGGUCUUCUUCCAUAGAAAACCCACAUCGCCUGCCUUCUCCUCACCCACCCCAACCGUAUUUUUUUCUCCCUCGGCUCCCCAACAAUGGACUUCCUCCUCAGUGGGGUGGCAGCCUGUGGGGCUUGCCUGUUUACCAACCCGCUGGAGGUGGUGAAGACCCGCAUGCAGCUGCAAGGAGAGCUCCGGGCUCCGGGGACCUACACCCGCCAUUACCGCAACGUCUUCCAUGCCUUCUACACCAUUGGACGGGUGGACGGCCUGUCAGCUCUCCAGCGGGGCCUCUUGCCCGCCUUGUUUUACCAGUUUGGCUUUAACGGACUCCGCUUGGGCCUCUACGGGAUCGCCGACACGGCGGGCUACAUUCACGCCUCCGACGGGAGCAUCAGCCUGCUGCGCACCACCGUGGCUGGGGCAUUGUCCGGGGUGGUCAGUGCCACCGUGAGCAGCCCCAUCUAUAUGGUGGGUCACAAAGCGUGGGGAAUCAGUACAGGCAUGGAUGGGGAGGGGUUGCAAGCCGUUGGGUAGGUGGGUGGAAUUCCGUCCUCCCAAAUCCAGAAUUCUGCAAUCUGAGUGGCAAGAAAGUCAGGUUUGUGUUCUGUGUAGAACUGGGUGGUGCAUGAAACUUUGCAUGUGUCUGUCCUGAUGUGCAAUGGAGACUGGUAGGGUGCAAGGCAGGGAGACCAGUAGUAGGUUCACCACCACAACCAAUGGCAAGCAGAGCCCACUGAUUCUAGUUUUCUCCCCAUCUGCCCCUUGCUGAGUCCCACAAAAGCAACACUGAGACUCAGGAGGAAGCUGAUGGGCAAUGCCACGCCUUGGGCUGGUUGUAAGGAAUAAUAGGCCAGUGGGGUUGGUGGCACAGUGCCCAAUUUGCUCGAAUGGACCAGCAGCCUCUGUUGCUGGUAUGGCAUGUAUAUAUAUAUUUAUCACUGAGUUCCAACUUGAAGUUCUUCUGUGGCUUUCUGUCAACGCAAUCAUUCAUAGGAAAAGUCCCAGUUUCCCUUCAAGACGUACGUCUUGAUUUGUCUCACUGGUCUUAAGGCCAAUUUAAGUUCAUGGACAGUCUUGUCAAAAAUGACUUUCCAAUUGCUCCCUUUUUAUCCAUCUGACAGCACCCACAGCUGCUAGCUGUUGGGGAUUUGGUCAAGAGGGGAUACGGUGCCUAGGCUGAAAAGACUCUCCUUUAACUGCUACAUAUGCCACACCAGUCCUCAGCAUUUAAAACACAGAGAGGGACAGACACACACAGCUGUUAUUUUUCUCUCAUUUACAACCAACUGGGUCUUAAAGUCCCUGAGAUCAUAACACUGUUAUUAUCUGUCACACAGUGUCAGAUGUUGACUUUCUGGACAUCUUGUCAUUGUGGUCCAUCCAUUCCUGCAUCCUCCUCCCGGCCAACACUGGCCAAUAGCAAGAUGCUACAGGAUAGCCUGUGUGUGCGUUUGUAUAAGUGUUAAGUAACGCACUCUGUUUUCUUGUACUUGGAAAUUUUAGACAGCCUCGAAUGUAGGCGUUUGAAUGCCCUGGUUCAUGAACAAAAUUCCACCUGAGAAACACUUCCCUGCCCUGGAAUGGAAGUGUUGUUUCUGGUUUACGGAGAUGGCAUUUCUCUGUAGGAAGGCAUAUCCUCAUUUUUAUAAAUAGGCCCCUUAUGAUGUGAUGAGACGUUUCUUCCAUUUCCACUGCAGGUGAAGACCCACAUCCAGGCUCAGUCCGCUGCUGAGAUCGCUGUAGGGCACCAAUACCAGCACCAGGUAUGUGCGGCUCGCUCGGUCUUUUACAUUGUCCAGAGUCAAACUGCUGGUCCAUCUAGCUGAGCGUUGUCUACACUGGCUUGCAGCGGUUUUCCUGGACUGAACAUGGAACCUUCUGCAUGCAGAGCUCUGCUCCUGAGCUAAGGCCCUUCCUUAAGAGCAUUGAUGAUAGUUUUCAGGGACCUAGCCAGGCAGGCUGGCCCUUUAAGAAGUCCCAGCUUGCUUGUACCAAGGGGACAGUAUCUCCCAUGAAAAGAUUUCAUUACCCUGGCAACCCUCAGGGUUGCCCAGCAUCCAGGCCUCCCCGUGGGGGUCACUACCAGGAACAGCCAGCAACACCGUUGAUGAAGUGUACUCAGCGGCCACAGAGGAUGGCUGCGUUCCAGAGAGACAAGGUGAUGUUCUCUUUUCACAUUCGCAUACUUCAGGUAAUCAUGUGGAAAUGGGUAGGGGACUUGCAGCCCUCUGUGUGUUGCUGGACUCCCAGCUCCCAUAGUUCUUGGCCAUUUGCUCUAUGGACAUGGGCUGAAGGGGGUUGGUGCCCAAAAAUGUCCACAGGUUGCCCACCUGUAUCUUGUUCUCAGCGGGCUGCCCCCAAUGGCAAAAAUGUGUAUUGCAGGAUGGAGUUGUGUUACACCAGAGCAGGCUUCUUCAAACUCGGCCCUCCAGAUGUUUUUGCUAGCUAGCAGGACCACUGAGCAGGGAUGAUGGGAAUUGUAAUCUCAAAACCUCUGGAGGGCCAAGUUUGGGAAACCGUGCAUUACACACUCAACGACGGAAUGUCUAUGCCUUUUAUAAGACACUUAGACUGUGUGCCUGCCAUACAUUUAAGGGACAUUGCAAGGGCAUGAUUUCUCCUGAGAAGUGUCGUUUACCCCCAUAGAACUACAAUUCCCAGCACCCUUAAACUACAGUUCCUAUGAUUUUUGGGGGGGAAGUCAUGUGCUUUAAAUGGAUGGUGUUCCUUCAGCCUUACAACAGAAUAAGUCUCUAUAUUCCCAUGCUGGAAAUGUCUUGGCCAGUGGUGGGAGCUUCUGGGCCUCCAGAUGUUAGACUGCAGUUCCCAUCAUCCUUAACCAUUGGCCAUAUUGGCUGGGGCUGAUGGGAGUUGGAGUCCAACAGUACAAGACCUUGUAUUGGAAAUCAUUAAACUGAGUAUCCAAUUAAUUGCAGCUCCCAUCGCAAUAUAUCACAAUAUCUUUAACUGAUUCCCCAGGGCUUCUGGUUGGCCACUGUAAGAACAGGAUGUUGGCCUGAUGUAGCAAGCUCUUUACACGAUCUAACUGGCUGCAUGUUUCAGUCCUAACUGACCAAUGGGGACAUUUGGUUCUCGUUUUCUCUCUCUUCCCAUGCUCAGGGGAUGCUCCAUGCUCUGACCAUGAUCCACAAAGAGCACGGCGUGCUGGGACUGUGGCGCGGGUCGCUCUCAGCUGCACCUCGUGUCAUGGUUGGCUCUUCUACACAACUUGCUACCUUCUCUUCUUCCAAAGAAUUCUUUAGCCGACUUGAGGUAAAGAGGGUGCAGAGAUGUAGAGGUGACUGGGCUUUUGUGUGUUACCAUAGCAAUUGCAACAGCAUCCCGGGUUUGGAUUGCAAUGGUGCUGGUGGGAUUUGGGGAUCUACUCUGCUCUGAUGGAUAUAGAUGCUGGUUGUUGUAUAGGUGCAAGAUAGCAGCCCACACCUGACAAAUUUAGGUUGGUAUGCAUCUUUGGUUUAUUUUGAACUCACACUCCCUAAGUCAGGUGUGAAGGAACUUUGAGUGCUCCAGAUGUUGCUGAACUACAACUCCCAUCAUCCCUGACCGUUGGCUGUUUUUUUUCUGCUGAGGCUGAUGGGAGUUGUAGUUCAUCAACAUUUGGAGGGGCAAAGGUUCCUCAUAACUGCCCUAAGUAAGUCAUGAUGACAUUGCUCUUUCCCCUCACACCUCUGAGCGUUCAAGCUCAAAUAGUGUAUUUCAGAAUCUAUCAAUACAAGUGUGUGUUUUUGUUUGUUUGGUGGUUUUGUUGUACAUAUGAUGUCAACCUGCUAACCUUUCCCAGAGGGCUUAAUUGUGUUUGCAUUGUGAUUUGCAUUACGAGUCGGGCUUGAUUUGUGCCAGGAGAGCAGGUUGCGAGUGGAUUCUCUAUUGCGUUCAGGACGGCUGAGGCCAGGAUUCUGUGUGUGCUGCUGCCCAUUUUAAAGAUAAUUAAUAGGUAAAGGUAAAGGGACCGUUAGGUCCAGUCGUGACCGACUCUGGGGUUGCGACGCUCAUCUCGCUUUAUUAGCUGAGGGAGCCGGCGUACAGCUUCCAGGUCAUGUGGCCAGCAUGACUAAGCCGCUUCUGGCGAACCAGAGCAGCGCACAGAGACGCCGAUUACCUUCCCGCCGGAGCAGUACCUAUUUAUCUACUUGCACUUUGAUGUGCUUUUGAACUGCUAGGUUGGCAGGAGCAGGGACCGAGCAAUGGGAGCUCACCCCGUCGCGGGGAUUCGAACUGCCAACCUUCUGAUCGACAAGUCCUAGGCUCUGUGGUUUAACCCACGGCGCCACCCGCGUCCCAAAGAUAAUUAAUACAUUGGUUCAAAUCUUAUACCAAAAAACCCUCCUGUAAACUGAAUACAUAAUGUAGACAAAAGAAAUGUGCAUCUGUGUGAUUGCUUUGUGUAAAUUUAUUCUACUUUUGCCUGUUGUGGAGAAGAAAAAAUGGCUCUGGUGCCAAGGAGCAGAGUAAGAUGCUGAAACUCUUCCUCCCUCAUCUACUGGAAGUUUUUCUCUGCUUUUGAGAUGCCACCAGGUACUUUGCGCUUGGUGGUCAGGUCCGAAAGGGUGUGCAUGUUUCAUUUCAAAAUAAAAGCAUGUGGUUCUCAGAAUGCUCAUUCUCUGCUCAGUUUAAAUCCCUGAGUUUAUGGGCUGCAAACCCAUAAAGCAUUCGGCCGAUGGUUCCUGCACUAUUCCUGCUUCUAGAGCUCAUGACCACAUUGGUCAGACCAUUGGUCCUUGUAGCUCAGCACUGUCUACACCAGGGAUGGGGAACCUUUUGGUCUUGGUGGGCCAGUUCUUUAUAGCCCCCUUCCACCCAUCACGUGGGCCAACUUUGACAGGUGGGUGGGACCACCCACCUCCUAAUAAUCUGGCAGCAUAGAAUCAUAUAAUUAUAGAGUUGGAAGUGUCCCCCAGAGGAUCAUCUAGUUGAAUCCGCUGCAAUGCAAGUAUCUCGACCAAAGCAUCCGUGACAGAUGGCCACCUAAACUCUGCUUAAAAGAUUAAAAAGGAGAGUCCACCACCUCCCAAGGGAGACCAUUCCACCUUUGAACAGCUCUUAUUGUAUGAUGUGAUUGACACAUGGUGGACCAGCCCAGAGUUGGCCAACACGGUGGAGGAGAUAGCAGCUAAGCAGGGCUGAUCUGCCCAUCAGCAGAUGUAUGGAGAACUCAAUCCUCCGUACUGCAGGGAGGGACCAGCUGCAUGAGCAUCCUAUCAGCCCACAUCUCUACCUGUCACACACCUGUCAUCACAUAUAAUGGCAGGUUGGCACAGUUUUGCGGAAAUAGCCUGGUGGGCCACAUCUGGCCUGGUUGCUGGGUUCCUCACCUCUGGUCUACACUGACUAGCAGUGGGUCACCAGAGUUUCAGACAAGUGACUUUCUCAGCCCUGGCUGGAGAUGCCAGGGAUUGAUUCUGGGACCUCCUGCUUGCCAAGAGCUCUGCCUCUGAGCUGUGGCCCUUCCACCUGCUCCUUCUUGAUCACUCACCCCAUAUCCUUCCCAUCUCCCAUCCCCAGAUCUUCCCUAAGGACAGUUGGCUGCUGGCAUUGAGUGCUGGAAUGACGAGCAGUGUCACUGUGGCUGUCGCCAUGACACCCUUUGAUGUGGCCAGCACCCGCCUCUACAAUCAGCCUGUAGGACCCCGAGGUGAGGUAAGCAUGCCUUGGGAGAAACAUGGUGAGAAAGCAUGAGCUAUUGGUGGGUUUUAGGGGCAGGGUGGACAAGGGCGAAGAUGGAGACCAUGGGAAGGAUCCAGGUUAAAUUAGUUGCACUUAUGCACCAUUGAAAUCAGUGGGGCUUAAGUGUGUGUUUCAUGAGUCACCUGUCCUGUUGAUUUCAAUGGGACCUAACAUGGUCUGGAUCCCAGCUUGCCCCCAGAUCCACUAUUAACUCACCCCAUUCAUUCUCUGUCCAUCUCAGAUGUCCCAGUCGAUCCCCGGAAGCUGAAAGCUUUCAUUAACAUUUUAGAAUUAAUAAGAUUACCAUUAAGAUUUAAAAACUGGAUUUCACUGAAAGCGAAAAUAAGUUUGCAGGCCAAUCCUAUGCAUGUUUAUUUGGAAGUAAAUCCCUCUGUGGGGAAAAGUGCAUACAGUUACAUCUUUUAGGAAGCUGACUGUAUCUCGAAUCAAACCACUGAUAUUGUCAUCGCUGAUUUCCAGGGUUUUAGACUGGGGACAUUCUUACCUAUACAGGGAUCAAAUCCAGAGUUUUGGUGUCAUUAACAUGGAGUGCUAACCAAUUGAGCGCUUCAAACAUUCACUCAUCAGAAACUGAAGUCCAACCUUUCAAAAGUAGUGUGAAAGCUCUCCCCUACUGAAUUCGUAAACCAAAUCCACCUGAAUUUAGAUAAGCAAGCUUCUGAUCCAGUGUCAAAACGGAUUUUGUUUGAAAAUCCUUCUUCUGAUAUUAUAAACUACCAAUAUUUGCCUGUUAUCCAUACACAAUCAACUCCUUCCGUCUCCAGUACUCUCUUUUUGCCUUUAAAAACAACCCUGGCUGUUGUCUUGAUCAGUUUCCUGGUGCCCACAGUUUCUUUGCAAGUGCCACCACGGUAACAUCAAACCGUACCUUUAAACCACAAGGCUUCACCCAAAGAAUCUCGGGAGUUAUAGUUUACCCCUCGCAGAGCUACAAUUCCAAGCAACUUUAACAAACUACAGUUCCCAAAAUCCUUUGGGGGAGUGAGGGAGAAACCCAAUUGAUGUUUCCUGCAAUUCAGCUGUAAAGAUUGGGUUUCCCCGGGGGAAAAGUGGGAGAACACAAGCUGAAGUCUGGAUUGAGACCUCAGCGAGUUUUAUAAGAAAGGGGGAAAAUAAAAACACAGCUUGAUUUUCUUCUCUCUUUCUGCUGCAGGGCCUGAUGUAUAAGGGCCUUUUUGACUGCCUCUCCAAAAUCAUCCGUUCGGAAGGUUUCUUUGGGAUCUACAAAGGCCUAGGCGCUUCCUAUUUCCGGAUCGGUCCUCACACCAUCCUGAGCCUCCUCUUUUGGGACCAGCUACGCCAGUCCUACAGUGGCUGGACACAGCAGAAGCGAUGAUGUCAGCUGUGGCGGCCGCUGCCGGCUGCCUGCUUGAACUCCCCUCGCAUCUGCAAGGCCAGGGUGGUCCUCCUGCGAUGUUUCUGACCUUGGCUCCGGGGCCACGGUGAGCAUUGCAACCCAUCACGCGGCAGCUGAAUUUGCCCGUGAUUGUUCUCACCAGCUUGGACCUUUCUCUCUUUCGCUGGCUGCACAUUUGGGAAGAUGCUUUAUAUACAUACAUAUAAAUAUAUAUACACAUAUAUGCCCACAAAACCCUUUCCCAAAUAGCAAAGCUUGCGGCCGUAGCUUAUCAACUGAGGAGACGAUUGUGUGAGGUGAGCGGAUGAAGAGCAUGUUUUAGGAUUUUUGCACCCAAAGCAGCCCCCUUUCCCCAGGCCAGCCCACCAAGGUGAAGGUAGCCUUCUGUCAGUUGCUUAUUAUGGUCUGCUAAGUCCAUGGCCAGCUGCCCAACAGCCCCAAGCAAGAAGCAAUCAAAGAAAGAUUUGUGGCUGGCAAGGCCAGCCCCACGUUUUUUAGACAAAGAGGCCUGCCGAGCCUCACAAGGCAUUUCCAUAGCAACCAUUGUAGUAGGUAGGCCUCAUAGGCCUCUUGUGUCCAUGAGAAUCCAGUUGCAAUAGGCCAGCCCCUGGGUGGCGCUAGAGUGCAAUAUUUCUCCUUCCACUACUCCCAGUCUCAGCUAGAAUUAAAAUUCAAUUGUCGGGAGAUGGCAAUUCAGGUUACUUUUUGAUUCCAUCCUCUCAAAUCUGCUGAGGGGGUGGGGGAGAGAGUGACAGCUGUCCAAAGAUGUAGGAGAUCCAGGGUUUUAUCACGAUUGUGACUAAACACCGUUGUAUAGCAACAAACCACACAAACGCUAAGAAAAGUGCUUUUACCACAGGUGUGGGAAACCUCUGGUCCGCCAGAUGUUGACGAACUACAGCUCCCAUCAGCCCCAGCAAGCAUGGCUAAUGGCAAGGCAGGGUGUGUAAAUCUAGCUCAACUCAUGCUCUAAUAGCUGCUGCCCCGGGAAGAAGAGGCGGCAAGGUCUUUAUUCCAGUUAUCAUUGGAGUAACAUUUAUUUGCAAUCCAUACGCAUCAUUCCUAAAAAAUGGACCUAUGAAUUCCAGUUAGCACUGAGCAAUAUAUAUGACUGGGUUUUAAAUGCAAGGCUUAGAAGUAUAUCGUUUUUUUAUAUAUUUUCAAAGGAUGGUCAGUUACGGCCUUUUCCCAGCAUGCCUCUGUGCAACUUGACACCCUAGCACAGGGCAAUAUAUAACCUAAAGAAGUCUGAAAGAACCACCUUAGUUGAAAUAUCGACAACAACAGGGGGAUGAGGAUGUGUAGGAAAGAAAAAUAAAAGAAACACAAACAUCUGCUUUUGGUCCUCAAACCCAAGAAUUUACUAUGUAUGACUCUAAACGCUUAUACCCCAUAUUAUAAACAUUGGUUGGUCCAAAUAAAAGGCAUUUUGGUUUUUUUUUA